AUGUAUACCUUCUUGCAGGACCUAGGCGAGAGCUUUAGGAUUUUUAACUCCCGGCCGGGUCAGUCGCUUCUGUGGGCCGGCUCUGGCUGCCGGUCGCCUUCCAUACACAUGUCUUUGAGCAUGUCCAUGUCCUUGUUCUGGUGGAGAAGCACAAGCAGCAACAAGAGUGCGUGUGUCCUUGUUAUCGUGUUCUCGCUGGUGGUGGUGGAGGAGUCCGUCUGGUGCUUGUGCGGACGGUUGGUGGCGGGUGUGGGCAGUGCGGGUUUCCUUCCAGAACCGGUGGAGGUGGCGCGCUCCGCUGGCAACCCCUCGAGAGUAACCGGCACUGACAGGGAACCGACGCCUUUGCCGCGUCCUUUUGGGAGCGAGCGGGGAGGCUGGUCGCACCAAGCCAUCUCGGGCUACUGGCGGAGAGUCAAGCGUUUGCCGCGUCAUCGCGGGCGGCCUCCACGAAGAAGGUGUACACGUAUCCGUGGGAAGGUUUUAAGUCGUGGUGCCGUCCCUUCGCACCCCAACCGGCGAUUAUUGAAGUUUUCGGUAACCAGGCUCGCCUCCUCCCACGGAAGCAAGUGCACUCUUCUGCUCGCAGGUACCCAAGCUCUACUCACGUCUAUAAGCGGUACCCAAGCUCUACUCACGUCUAUAAGCGUUCUGUCCGAGGCCCCAAGCCAGGAUGAAGACCGUACCGCGGCCUGCUGGGGGCACCACAAAGCACCCAGGGAGGCACUCCCCUUGACUCCCCACUUCUAA